GCAAACAAAAUAGCACACAAAAAUUAAUUUAUUAUUUAGUGCUUCAUGAAACUAACCUUUUGUUUGUGGCCAUAUUAUGCUACACAAAUUAGUUUUUAAUUAAUUUCAAAGUUAAUUAUAGACUGCCAUUGAAGUUGCCUACAUGCACAAGCCACUUUCAAGGCUACCAAAAAGGUGUCUAUUAUUUUCUUGUAUAGCUGCACCAAAUUCCAAUGACCUCCCCUACACUCCAUAGAACAGUUCCACAUUUCUUAUUGUUUAAAAUGAUUAAGAAUUUAGUCCUUGAUAUGGAUUUUUUUAGUCUGUGUAGAACUGUGGUUUGAAUUUGUGUUUGGUUGUUUCUAUUGCUCAUAUUAGGUCAAGGAUUUUGGUAAUUUAAAUAUAUAGAGAUUUGGGUUAUAAGAUUUGUUGGAGAAUUCUAGCCAACUCUAGGUUGUGUAGAAAUAGGUGUUUGCUAGUAAAUUUACAAAUUAAAAAACAUGACGUAAAGGUAUUUGAGAAUGGCGUAACAUCAAUCUUUUGUGUAUAUAUUUCCUUUACAUCCAUGUUGAAUGUAUCUAACCUGAUCUGAUGCAACAGAUGUGAUUUUGCCCUAAUUGGGAGUGAUGGACAAUUACAAUAAUGCCCCUCAAUGUCGUUAUGGCUUAAGUCCUUCACAAAUAGACAUGUUCAAGACUGAAGAUAAUCCCAUCUGCCAACAGUCUGAAAGUGUCACAAAGAUUGUGCUAGCAGUAACUGAGCUUCUUGUUGCUCAGUUCAUGUGGUUUGAUUAUGAUAACCAAUCGAAGCCCAUAUAUCGGUAUAUAAAUUCUUCUGGGACUCAGGCAUAUUUUAUAACUAAUAUGGAGCCAAUCAAGUUUUGGGAGUUUGGUUCACUUGUUCUCGAAGGUCUUGGCUAUGAAAGUUGCAUGAUCAAUGUUUGGAGAGGAUACCACUGGGACACAUUUCUUCUCCGUGAAAUUGUUUGUGGUAGGGUUUUUUCCUAAACGUUGGUGGUUGAGAUCGAAGGGAUAGAGAAUGAUUCGAAACUCUGUUUUCUUCUCUAAUUGCGAUUCUAGCUAGAGAUUGAAGGGAAGGAGAACAAUUCAAAGCUCGAUUUUGUAGUCAGUCGAUUUCAUUAUAGACUUGUUAACAAUCCAGUUUGUAGUCAAUGUGAACAUCCACAUUUGUGUGUGUUAACAAUUGAAAUAUACUAUAUAAACAUUCAUAUUGGUUAGAAUUCAAAUGGGGUGUAAGUGUGCCCAUUUUCAUCUUUGUGAAGAUUAACAUAAUUAUGUUAAUCUUCACAUUCAAUCAGAUA